CUUUUCGAAUUAAUCCUAGUAAAUAAUAUUAUAUAUUUGUCCACAUAUCAGUUGCAACAAGAAACGGAAUACUAUGCAGAGACAAGGAUCCAUUUUCUAAAAUAGAUUAACUGCAACAAAGCUUGCUUGCUUCCUAAUUGACGUAGUUCAAGAAAUAAUAAUGACAGUAAACCGCGUGGUGGAGUUGACCAUUGGGUGCAAAUAAUCAGGUGAUGGCUGCCGGCCAACCCUUCCAAGAAUAGAUCGUUUAAGUUUUGAAAGUUUCCUAAUUGUUGGACAAAUGGAAGCUGCUUGUAACUAGACAUAAGUGACUUUUAGUGUUGUUUGAAAAAAAACAAGUUAAACCAUCGAAGUUAUCAGUGUUUGUUCCUCUACAAUUUGCUUCUGACUAUACGCUUUACGGUUAAAACAGUAUAAAGAAGAAUUUUCAUACCAAUAAAAAAACUUCAGAGUUGAAAUUGACCUUGGUUGUAGCCAAAUGUUGACUUGUCAACAGGGAAAGAGUCAUCCGAUGGAAAUUGAACAUCAAUCGUCAUCCGAUUCAUUAUCGUUGGGCCAUUUCAAACUAAGUCAACCCUCGUUAAAUUUAUAUUUAAUUAAUUUUUUUUGAAAAUUUAUUGUAAAAUGGGUAAUUAAAUAAUAAAAAAAAAGAAUCAGGAUGUUCUUUCCUCGAUCAUUUAUAUUCUUUAGCCUCUUGUUUGUAACAUUUGCAAUACAACAACAACAACCAUAUGGAUUCAAUGAAAUCCUUCGAGAGCUAUAGCAAGGCAGAUGAGCUCGAAGAACAGGCCUAUCGGAAAAAGACCCGCAAGCGCAUUAUUAUCAUUGGACUCUCUAUCGUUAUCUUGAUAGCGAUCAUCAUUGCUGCAGUCUUAGGAACACUUUUGCCUGUAAAAAAAUCAAAAUCCCUAGAGAAUCAAGCAACUUACACAGCCGAGACCAUCAAUGCAAUGUGUAAUGUGACUCGGUAUCCCGACUCUUGCGAUUCAAGCAUAGCUGCCCUAAGGAGCUCCUCAAAUGAUACUAACCCAAAUCCAGGCCCUGCAGAAAUCUUCACGCUAUCCAUGAAAGUUGCUCUCAAUGAAUUGAUAAGGCUAUCCUCUUUGCCACAAAAGAUUAUUUCUUCUUAUGUAAAUAGUGAUCCCCUGGUGCGUGGAGCGUUGGACAAUUGCGAAACCCUUUUCAAGGACGCAGUAGAGUAUAUCAAUGAAUCCAUAUCAUCCGUGCAAGUGGGGCAGGGAGAGAAAAUGCUGUUGUCAACGGCCAAGAUUAACGAUAUCAUGACGUGGCUCAGCAGCGCAAUCACGAAUCAGGAAACAUGUUUAGAUGGACUGAUUGAGGCUGCAAACCACACGGCUAUACCCCAAGAACUGGAAUAUGCUAUGCGGAACUCCACCGAGUUCAGCAGUAACAGCCUGGCUAUUGCAUCCCACAUAAAGAUCAUCCUGCAACGUUUCCAACUUCCGACCCAUCGGAAGUUGCUAAAACUUGACAACCACCCUGGUCAUGAAUCUGAUUCCAGUUUUCCUAGCUGGGUUCAUAGCGGGGACAGGAGAUUGCUCCCGGAGGAAAAUCCUAAACCUGAUCUAACCGUGGCUCAAGAUGGUACUGGAGACUUUAGGACAAUAAGUGAAGCAGUUAAAUUAAUUCCAGAGAAGAACGAAUCAAGGCUUGUUAUCUAUGUGAAGGAAGGCGUAUAUUUAGAGAAUGUGAAAAUUGAUAAGGACUACUGGAAUGUAAUGAUUUAUGGAGAUGGAAUGUACAAGACUAUCGUCUCUGGCAGCUUGAACAAGGUGGAUGGAACCCCCACCUUUUCCUCCGGCACCUUCAUUGCGGCUGGAAGGGGAUUCAUAGCUAAAGACAUGGGCUUCAAAAACACUGCUGGCCCGGUAAAAGAGCAAGCUGUUGCAUUGCGUUCGUCCUCAGACCAAUCUGUAUUCUACCGCUGCUAUUUUGAUGCAUACCAGGACACUCUUUAUACACAUUCCAAUCGCCAGUUUUACCGUGAUUGUCAUGUCACUGGAACCAUUGAUUUCAUCUUUGGAAAUGCUGCUGUGGUUCUACAAAAUUGCAGCAUUCAACCAAGGCAGCCCGGGCCUGACCAGUUCAACACCAUCACGGCCCAAAGCAAGACUGACCCAAAUCAAAACACGGGUAUGUCGAUCCAACGGUGCCAGAUUACGCCUUUUGACAAUCUGACGGCUACAUCGUACCUUGGUAGGCCUUGGAAGGAUUUUGCAACCACCAUAUUCAUGCAAUCAUACAUUGGAGAAUUCGUGGACCCAGAAGGAUGGACCGAGCGGUCUCAGGGUGUUGAUCCACCUAAUACCCUAUUCUUUGCCGAGUAUGAAAAUUUGGGGCCUGGAUCAGGGAUCAGUGAACGAAUUAAUUGGCCCGGUGUUAAGCCCAAUAUCACCAAUGAAGAAGCAACAAGAUUUACCGUCGAGUCUUUUAUUCAGGGAAGCCACUGGUUGCCUAAGGCUAAUAUAAUGUAUGAAUCGAGUUUAGAAUCAGGAAGAUGAAAUCAUGUUCAAAAGGAGAGCAAAUUCAA